AUGGUGGUAGUCUUCCUGCUGGGACUGAGUUAUGUGUGCGCUCCCCUGGGAGCCUUGGUUCUGGAUUCUAACACCAUCAAGAGUUCUGCCGAAGUGCAAGACCCUCGGAAGGCUUCUUUACAGUGCUUGAAUGACAAUGAUUGUGGUGCCAAAAAAUUCUGCCUCAAAUCCAGAGAUGAAAAGCCAUUCUGUGCCAUGUGCCGGGGGCUACGGAGACGAUGCCAGCGGAAUAGCAUGUGUUGCCCAGGGACUCUCUGCGUCAAUGAUGUUUGCACCCUCCUUGAAGAGACAACCCCAAUUCUGGAGAGAAAUAAUGACCAAGAUAUCUUGGAUUCUAAGGUGACAACUCAGCAUCCAAUUCAAGAAAGCAAACCGAAAAAGAAACCCAACACUAACAAAUCUCAAGGCAGCAAAGGGCAAGAAGGUGAAAGCUGUUUACGAACUUUUGACUGUAAUCCUGGACUUUGCUGUGCUCGUCAUUUUUGGACAAAAAUUUGUAAGCCAGUCCUCUUGGAGGGGCAAGUUUGUUCUAGACGUGGUCAUAAAGAUGGUGCUCAAGCUCCAGAAAUUUUCCAGCGCUGUGACUGUGGUCCUGGACUGUUUUGCCGAAGUCAAAGUACUGGGCCUCGAAAACAUUCACGUUUAAGAGUUUGCCAAAAAAUCUAGUUUCUAAAUACUUUAAAAUUUUGUGGAAACACAAAACUCAAAACUGAUUCUUAAAGCCCUUAAUAGACAUUUCUUGUAAUAGGAUCAUGCAACACUUGAAGUAAGUUAAAGGUAGACUAACUGUAUGAUACUUUGGAAUUACUACUGUAAACCAUGGUGGAAAAGGAGAUGAUUGUGUUCUUCAAUGUACAUGAACACUGAGGUCCCUGAAAACAAACAAAAAAAAAUGUAGUUUUAACCUGGUGACUCAAUUAAUAACCAUUAAGUGGUUCCUUGACAGAAAUGGAAGCAAAGUGAAGGGGUCUAAAGGCAAAGGUAAAUUAAUUCCUAAAGAUUUACAGUAAAAAUAAUCCCUGCAAAUAUUGGCAAACCAAACAUCUGCUGUUUUGAUAUCGAUUUGUCAUUCACUAAGGCACAAAUGCCAUAUCAUCAUGCUUAGGUGAAACUAUGAUCGUUUAAAUCAAAUACAGUUUUAGAAAAAAGAAUUUUAUACAGCAGAUGACUUUUUUUUGUGUGUUGUGGAAUUUUAACUCCUACGGAAUUCUAGAGCAGAAAAUACACAUUUCACUUCAAAAAACUUAGCUUUCGAUCUUUAUCCAUAAUACCUAAAUGAUAAUGCCAAGAAAAAGUGAAGAGGACAUAAUUUAAUCGUUGUAAACAUUGAAAGAUGAACUAGUUUGAUUUAGAAGCCAAUUUACUGGUGCUAAUUUCUUUUCAAGAGAAAUUGCAGCUGUUUAAUUUAUAAAUAUUAGUUAUGACUUAAAAUAGUAAGAAUAAAAUAGACUUUUAAAAUUUCCUAAUUUCUAAAAGAUGACAUUGUUUCUUGAAGUCCAGACACAAGGUAGUUUGGCAGAAGCACAGUUAUGGUCUAGGAAACAGCACUGAGAAAUCCUUCUUAAAUGGGGCAAAAAGAGGCAGAGUAAAAUUUUUAGGAGAGUUCAAAAAUUAGGAGACUUCAAUUAAUUUUCCUUCUCUCUCUCUUCAUGGC